AUGGCGUCAUCAUCAACACCAGAAGCUCCAGACACGAGCUACGUCGAGAUGGACGACAAGAACGAUGCCACUCUGAUCGGCAAGCACUGCGAAUACGAAUACUGCAACCAGCUCGACUUCCUUCCCUUCUUCUGCCAGUCCUGCCGAAAGACGUUCUGCCUCGACCACCGAUCCGAGACUUCGCACAAAUGUACAGAUGCUGGUGCCUGGGCAGAGCGCAAGCGGCUUAAGCAGCUGGCCCAGCCAUCCAUCGGACAGGGCAGGGUGCUACGGGACAAGGUUUCUCAGAAGCCAUGCGCGUCGCCGGAAUGCAAGACGACGAUUGGAACCUCCCUGACGCCAGGGGUACACUGCCAGACUUGUAAUCGAGACUACUGCCUGAAGCACCGACUCGGGGAGGACCACGACUGCAAGAACCUAGUACCUAUCGGAGCCCGUCCAGUACAGUUUGACGUUGCCCAAAAGACAAAGUCGGCAUUCGAUAGGUUCCGCGCCUGGGGUACGGCCAAGAAAGAGCAAGCAAGCCGGGCACUCCCUAAGCCAAAACCAACCUCUGCUUCUGCCCGGCUGGUCGCCGUCAACAAACUUAAAAAGACAGCCAAGGGCGACGACAAGGUUCCUAUGGAGAAGCGGGUGUACAUCUACGUGGAGGCCGAAGCAGAGACGGCAAAGGCCAAGUUCCCCAAGGGCGAAUUCUUCUACAACCAGGACUGGGUGGUAGGCCGGGUCCUCGACGCCGCAGCCAGGAGUCUGCAGGUGCAGAACAUCAACAACCAGAGCUCCGACGAAAAGGAUAAGCUGCGAGUAUUUCAUGUCGAGGGCGGCAGGAUCCUAGAGUUCAACGAAAAGGUCGGCACGGCACUGCAGAGCGGGAACACGGUGGUUUUGUUAAGGGGCGUUGGGCCCGCCACGCCGGAUUUGAUUGAGGCGUGA